CAUCCACACCCAUACUCAGCCGCCCACCCAUAUCCGCACCCACCCAUACUCACAUUCACAUCCACACCCACAUUCAGUCGCCCUAUACCCACAUCCGCACGUAUCCAUACUCACACCCACAUCCGCACCCACCCAUACUCAUACCCACACUCAUUCAUUCAUACCUACGUUAAAGAAUAACUUUAUUUUUUGUUUGUAAUUUGAAUAACUUGAAAAUUUUAUUCAGAGAACAAACGGAUCGUGAAAGACGUGAAGCACAAUAUCGUACUGAACAAUUACAACAUGAAAUUGAGCGAUUGAAAAAUGAAUUAACACAUAAAAAAGAAGUUAUUUAUGAAAAAGAUAAAUUAAUACAAGAUACACAAUAUAAAAGUCGAGAAAUGUUCCUUGAACGACAAUCAGCUGAAGAAAAAAUAUCAAAUGAAUACAAAAGAUUAAAUGAACUUGAGGAUAGAAAUCGUCUACUCGAAGAAGAAUUAGAACAUAUACGACGUAGUCAGAUACUAGAAAAUAUAACUGUUCGACGAACUGAUGUUAUUAAUCUUGAUGGUGGUACAAUUGAUUCAUCAAAUCGUAUUGAAGAAUUAAGAAUGAAAAUCAACGAAUAUGAACGAAAAUUUCUACAUGAAAAAACUAGUAAAGAAUCAUUACAAGUUCAAAUGAAAAUACUUGAAGAAGAAAAUACGGAUCUUCGAGAUAUAAUGAGUCAGAUGCGAAAGAGAACACAAGAUGAUCGACGAGAAGAUCGUGAUCGUAAUGAUGAAAUUCAAUUAUUAAUUGCUCGUGCUGAAUCAAAUGCUCGACAAUAUAUGUCAAAUUUUAAUUUAUCACCAUCACCAACAUCGACUUUAGUGAGGAUAAUGCCAUUAUCAUGA